AGGAGAAGAUUAUAAGAACUCAGGUGCAUCUCUCCAGAGCUCACACGCGCAGCUUUCUCAGUUGGACUUGUGUCCAAACAACUCACACUUUACUAUUCUGCGUUUGGAGUUACUUGACAAGACGUCGUUAAAAGAGCACCGAAAAUUGAAAGAUUAUAAGAACUCAGGUGCAUCUCUCCAGAGCUCACACGCGCAGCUUUCUCAGUUGGACUUGUGUCCAAACAACUCACACUUUACUAUUCUGCGUUUGGAGUUACUUGACAAGACGGCGUUAAAAGAGCACCGAAAAUUGAAGUUAAUGGAAGUUUGCUGAAAUUCCGAGAAAGUGGGAGGUGGUCUGAGCCAAAGUUGCCUUAGAGAUGAGUUGGGUGGCUCUGUACACCCAGCUGGGCGGGGUGAACAAACACUCCACCAGCCUGGGGAAGAUCUGGCUGUCUGUUCUCUUCCUCUUCCGUAUCACCAUCCUGGUACUGGCUGCAGAGAGCGUGUGGGGAGACGAGCAGGCUGGCUUCACCUGCAACACCCAGCAGCCUGGCUGCAAGAACGUCUGCUACGACCACUUCUUCCCAGUGUCACACAUCCGCCUCUGGUGCCUACAGCUGAUCUUCGUGUCCACGCCGGCCCUGCUGGUGGCCAUGCAUGUGGCUUACAGGAAGAGUGGGGACAAGAGGCACAUCAUCGCCACGGCCUCACGAAGUGGUGGUGAUGACAAGACCAGGCAGGUGGACCUGGAGACCCUAAAGAGGAGGCGUCUGCCCAUCACUGGGACUCUGUGGUGGACCUACACCUGCAGCCUGUUCUUCCGCCUCAUCUUUGAGGCUGGCUUCAUGUACGCACUCUACUUUGUCUACGACGGCUUCCAGAUGCCUCGUCUGGUGAAGUGUGAGCAAUGGCCCUGCCCCAAUAAGGUGGACUGCUUCAUUUCACGACCCACGGAGAAGACCAUAUUCACCAUCUUCAUGGUGGUCUCAUCGUCUGUCUGCAUGGUGCUCAACGUUGCCGAGCUGGCCUACCUCAUCGCCAAGGCCCUGAUGAGGUGCUCCGCCAGGAUGUCCAAGAAGAACCACGCUCACCCUGAUAACAUGACCCUGGACAAGUCUCUACUACAGAAUAAAAAGAAUGAGAUUCUGCUGUCCUCUGUUUCCGAUUCCUCCAGCAACAAGACUGUGUGAGGACAGCACAGUGCCUGUUCUUCUCCAUUAGAGACUGCAGAGAACUAGGGAGUAGAAAUCUAUCAAUAUUUUGUUACCAUGAGAUGAGACCAUACUUUUAUUCUGGAAUGCAUGUAGCAGCUGAGGACCAGCCUAAUCCUGAGUCUGUUGAUGUAGAGGAUAUUUCUCUCUGUGCCCUACACUACUUUUAGAGUUGUAAAAGUUUAAUGUGUUAGAAUUGAUGUAUUAUUGUUAUUGAUAUCAAUUUAUUUUAUUUUUUUUACAUUUUAGCAGACACUCUUAUCCAGAGCGACUUACAGUUAGUGAGUG